UUUUUCCACGUCGACGUCAGCCUCACCAAGCAGAUGCUGAGUGGCGAAUCUGCCGCUGCGGGACAAAACCUCCCCCUCUCAGCAACAACAAACCUGCUAGCCGCAGCUUUUACUUUUACUGUCACCGAAUAGAAGUUUCCCGUCGCCCGAUUCCACCGGAUACCGAGCUGAAAUGUAAACGGUGUUGUAGAUGUUCCAUGGACCGUGAGGCAGUAAAGCUGACACAACAGACAUGGCUUCUCGCUAAGAGACAACUGGUGUUCGUGUGACUUCUCAGGUGUGCAGGUGGUGACCACAUGGAGAAGCCUUCAUCUUCAGAAAGAGCAGCGCCUGAGGAGAAGACUGGUCUGGUGGAGGAUAAUGCCGACCCCAAAGGUGCUGAAGGUGGACAGGCUGAUGCUCAGACCUCGAGGAAGAGCAGCUCCCGCUCUUCCCGCAAGAGCUUCCGUCUGGACUACCGGCUGGAGGAGGAAGUGACAAAAUCUUGUCUGGACAAAAAUGGCCGCUGGACCAACCCCUGGCCCACAUGGCGGUUCCCGUCCUACACCAUGCUGCUCCGGUUCCUGCUGUUGGAGAAGGACCACAGCAAUGUACCAACCAGUAAAGAGACUUUGGACAGCGAGCUCCCGGUGAUGGAACCGUACUUUGUCCGAAGUCCAGACCUUUCCGACUCUCGUCCAGGCUUGAGGGUCACCUGGCUGGGCCACGCUACGGUCCUGGUUGAGAUGGAGGGUGUUAAUAUUCUGACAGACCCGAUUUUUAGCCAGAGAGCCUCACCGUUUCAGUUUAUGGGACCUAAAAGGUACAGAGGACCCCCCUGCUCUGUGGAACAGCUGCCAAGGAUUGACGCGGUUCUCAUCAGUCACUCUCACUUCGAUCAUCUGGAUGCUGGAUCUGUUGCCAGUCUAAACGCUCGGUUUGGGGGGGAGUUACGUUGGUUCGUGCCUCUGGGGCUGAUGGACUGGCUCGUGAAGAUGGGCUGUGAGAAUGUGAUGGAGCUGGACUGGUGGGAGGAGAAUUGCGUCCCGGGUCAUGACAAUGUCACGUUUGUCUGCACACCAUCUCAACACUGGAGCAAACGCACAGGGUGGGACGACAACAAGUCUUUAUGGGGCAGCUGGUCUGUUUUGGGUCCAAGCUUUCGAUUCUUCUUCGCUGGCGAUACCGGCUACUGCUCCUCCUUCCAGGAGAUUGGACGACGCUUUGGACCUUUUGACCUUGCAGCAAUUCCUAUAGGAGCAUACCAGCCCAGAUACGUGAUGCGGGGCCAGCAUGUGGAUCCAGAGGAGGCAGUUCAGAUCCAUCAGGACCUUCAGGCCAAGCAGUCUGUGGCCAUACACUGGGGGACCUUCGCCCUGGCCUAUGAGAACUAUCUGGAACCACCAGUUCGUCUCAGAGAGGCUCUGGAACAAAAAGGACUGAAACCAGAAUCUUUCUUCACUUUGCAUCACGGAGAGUCUCGGCUCAUAGCCACGCGUGACCCUGAUGUGUUUGACUGACGUGGCGGGGGCUGUCUGUGGCCGCCUCACUCCAGAUUUAUGCCUGUAAAAAGAAAAUGUGCACUUUGCCUUAGAGUGAAUAAAGUAUUAAAUGUAGUUUUACCUGCAGGAGCUGUGAAUCUACUGAAAAUACCCAGUUACUAGCAUCCAUUCAUAAGUGGACUGGGCUCAAUGGGGAACAUCUCAGAUUAAUUUGAAAAUAUCAUCAGCCGGAAAUGAUUCUGAGCUGAACAAAUAGUUUAGAAAUGUCAUUUAAAACUAUUUCAUUUUGAUUAUUUUCAGUUGAAGUCUAGGGUCUGCACACUGAGGGUUCAUGUAAGUGGUUUCAUGCUCACGGGUAAAUCUGACUGGUCAGUGUGAUGCAACAAAGCUUAUAAAAGUAAUGGUGCCGGCACUUAGAAAAUAGUUUCUGAUUGUACCGAGGGCAAUCAAACCCACACGACACACAAAUGCAUCUGUUGAAUGUCUGCGGUGAUGUGAGAAAUGUGCCGAGUUGAGCUGGUUUCAACUGUUUUCAUGCAACCUCACACAUCUGAUCAGUUUUAUUUCUUAGCAGUUUAGUUGCUUAAAUCUUGUCUGAAUCAGAAUAGUUGUAAUUUUGUGCCAGAUUUGGACAGAGGGUUUAGCUCAUUCCUGCAGUAAUCUCGUUAAGGCCAAGCAGAUCAUUGUGGUUUACGUUUUAAAAUUACUUUGAAAUAUGAAUGUUUGCUUUUGUAUUAACUAGUAUCUGGAUGACAGGAAAAAUACAAUAAAUAAUCCUUUAAUCCUU